GACCUCAAUGGCUUCUUUCAAAGCUAUGAUUCCUUUGGCUCUUUGUGUGUGUUUCUUGGUUGGGUCCGUUACUUCUCAGCUCACCUCCACCUUCUACGACACUACUUGCCCCAAUGUGUCCAGCAUUGUGCAAGGCGUCGUGCAACAAGCUCUCCAAAGUGACGAUCGUGCUGGUGCUAAACUCAUCCGUCUUCACUUCCACGACUGCUUCGUCGAUGGAUGUGAUGGGUCUGUUCUACUAGAGGAUCAAACAGGCAUAGUGAGUGAGCUCGGUGCUCCGGGAAAUGGUGGCAUCACAGGUUUCAAUAUUGUCGACGACAUUAAAACCGCAGUUGAGAAUGUUUGUCCUGGUGUUGUCUCCUGUGCUGAUAUUCUAGCGCUUGGUUCUCGAUUUGCCGUCACUUUGGCGAGCGGGCAGGGGUGGACGGUUCCAUUGGGGAGAAGAGAUAGUAGAACGGCGAAUUUGGAUGGAGCUAGAAAUAGGCUUCCAAGUCCGUUUGAGGAUCUCACAGCACUUCAAGGGAAGUUCAGGGACGUGGGGCUAGACGACACAACUGACCUCGUAGCCUUGUCAGGCGCGCACACGUUCGGGCGCUCAAGGUGCAGAUUCUUCGACGGACGGCUGAACACAUCCAACCCAGACCCAACCCUGGACUCGACAUACGCGGACCAGCUACGACAGAGCUGUCAGCCGGGGCGUGACACAUUCGUGAACCUCGACCCGACAACGCCCGACACGUUCGACAACAACUACUUCACGAAUCUUCAGAACAACCGUGGGCUUCUAGGAAGUGACCAAGUGUUGUUGUCCACGAGUGGGGCCCCAACUGUGAGCAUUGUGAACAACUUCGCCAACAGCCCGAGCCAAUUCGCGAGCGCCUUCGCUCAGUCCAUGAUUAACAUGGGAAAUCUGAGCCCGUUGACGGGGAGCAGCGGGGAAAUUAGGUCCAAUUGCAGAAGGCUGAACUGAAAAGAAGUUAGAUCAAAGUGUAUCAUAAUAAUAGAUACGUAUUGUUCGUGAGUUAAUGUGGUUCGUGAAGUAACAAUACCGAAUAAUGCAAGCACUUAGCUUAGCUUUGAGUGGUCGUGUUAGUUUGAAGAAUACUGUGUUUUUGUGUUUCUAAUUUUGUUUCGGGUUUUAUCAUUGGAUCCAAAUGACCAAUUAUAUCAAAUGAAUGAAACUAUUAGUAUCACUA